UUAAACCGACGAUGAUUCUCCAGGCACUUGCGGCUCGUCUGCAGCGAUAGGAGAAAAGAGGAGAAAGAGAGAACCUCACCUCCUCAAACAGCGAGUGAGGUAGGGGGAGAGAAGAGAGGUAGAAAGCGUCAGAGAGAGAGAGAGAGACAGAUAAAGAGAGAGAGAGAGAGAGAAGAGGCUGUGGAGUAAAGGAAAGAACAACAGCGGCUUGGACCUCCAGCAAGGAGUGUUUAAUUCUCCGCGCUUCAUUGCAAAGUGUCCAAUUUCCACACCGAUUCGACAUGUCAUCGUCCGGUAAAGACAACAGCGGUGCCCAACAUGCCAAUUACGUGGGACCUUACCGUUUGGAGAAGACUCUGGGGAAAGGACAGACAGGGUUGGUCAAGCUGGGGAUCCACUGUGUAACGUGCCAGAAAGUCGCCAUAAAGAUUGUCAACCGUGAGAAACUCAGUGAGUCGGUACUAAUGAAGGUGGAGCGCGAAAUAGCUAUCCUGAAGCUAAUAGAACACCCGCACGUUUUAAAGCUACAUGACGUCUACGAAAAUAAAAAAUACUUGUACCUUGUGCUAGAACAUGUGUCUGGAGGUGAGCUGUUUGAUUACUUGGUGAAGAAAGGCAGGUUAACACCUAAAGAGGCCAGGAAAUUCUUCAGACAAAUCAUGUCUGCCCUGGAUUUUUGCCACAGUCAUUCCAUAUGCCACCGGGAUCUGAAGCCUGAGAACCUGUUGCUCGACGAAAAGAACAACAUCAGGAUAGCAGACUUCGGCAUGGCCUCCCUUCAGGUCGGAGACAGUCUGCUGGAAACCAGCUGCGGAUCUCCACAUUACGCCUGUCCAGAGGUCAUCAGGGGGGAGAAGUAUGACGGGAGGAAAGCAGACGUCUGGAGCUGUGGGGUCAUUCUUUUUGCCCUGUUGGUGGGUGCACUGCCGUUUGAUGACGACAACCUGAGGAAUCUGCUGGAGAAGGUGAAGUUGGGAGUUUUUCACAUGCCACACUUCAUCCCUCCAGACUGUCAGAACCUCCUCCGUGGCAUGAUUGAAGUGGAUGCCACCAAAAGACUAACGUUAGAACAGAUCCAGAAGCACACAUGGUACAUAGCGGGGAAGAACGAACCAGAGCCGGAGCAGCCCGUACCCAGGAAGGUGACCAUCCGCAGCCUCCCGUCUGCAGACGACAUUGACCCCGACGUACUGGACAGCAUGCACUCCCUCGGCUGCUUCAGAGACAAAAACAAACUGCUGAAAGACCUGCUCUCCGAUGAUGACAACCAAGAAAAGAUGAUCUACUUCCUGUUACUGGACCGUAAGGAGAGGUAUCCCAGUCAGGAGGACCAGAACCUUCCCCCUCGCAAUGAGAUCGAUCCCCCAAAGAAGCGCGUGGACUCUCCCAUGUUGAACCGCCACGGCAAGAGGAGACCGGAGAGGAAGUCCAUGGAGGUCCUCAGUGUCACAGACGGGGGCUCGCCCGUACCGGCGAGGAGGGCCAUCGACAUGACGCAGCACGGACAGAGUAUAUCAAUGUACAGAAAAAGCUUGGAUAUUCCUGACGCCGGUGCAAAAUGCAGCAAAGAAGAAAGGUCUCGGUCUAUUAGUGGUGCCUCCUCUGGCCUCUCUACCAGCCCCCUCAGCAGCCCCCGGCCGGUCAGAAAGUUCUGUGUCCCGCCCCAGUCCCCAGACCUGCCCCAGUCCCCGAGCACAAGCCCCUGCCCAUCACCUGAGCCCGCCCCGAAUCGAACGGGGCCUCGCAUGUCCACCCCCAACUCGCUCGCUCCGAGCAGUGAGCCCCCGCCGGCAGCUCUCAAUAAGACGCAGACACUCCCCACCAAGCCCAAAGUUGUGCCGAAGCCCCUGCAAGCCACACUAUCAAACCCGCUCCCCGGAACCUCAGAUCCGGCGUCCGCCGCCAAGUCCGAGCCCUCGACUCCCUGCCAGCUGGCGGCUGCCGCGUUCCCAAACAGCCCCCAGGUGCGGCGCUGCCACUUUGCCGCCGGCCCCCAACUCUCAGUGCCCUUCAAUGGGCCGGUGCCGCUGUCGCCCAUCCGGCUGCACCACUUCCACCCCGUGGUGCCGGCGGCUUCUGCAUUCACUGACCACCCGCCCAAAUCUAUCCCGCUCAUACAGGUCACCCCUCACCCCUCCCCUCGAGGCAGCCCCCUCCCCACCCCCAAGGGCACCCCGGUGCACACUCCCAAGGACAGCCCGGCCGGGACCCCCACCCCCACGCCGCCCCCCAGCCCUUCCAUCGGAGGCAUGCCUUGGAGGACACGCCUCAACUCCAUCAAAAACAGCUUCCUGGGCUCGCCGCGCUUCCACCGCAGGAAACUUCAAGUUCCCACACAAGAGGAAAUGUCCAGCCUCACACCAGAGUCUUCCCCCGAACUUGCCAAGAAAUCCUGGUUUGGUAACUUCAUCAACCUGGAGAAAGAGGAGCAGAUAUUCAUUGUCAUCAAAGACAAGCCUCUCAGCUCCAUCAAGGCCGACAUUGUUCAAGCCUUUCUCUCGGUACGUACUCAAGAGUGUCUUUUUGUUUGUUCUCUUUCUUCUCUUUUCCUCCCCCCUACCCCCCCUCCAUCUGUGUACCUAGGCAGCCCAUUGAGUAACUUCUUUGACGUAAUGAACCAACUUUUUUCAGACGAGAAGAAUGGACAGGGGCCCUACCCCUCUGGCACGCCCACCAAGCACUCCCCCUCGCCCAUUCACGUCCGGAGGCACGAGCCAGAAAAUAAUGACACCAAAUGCCCCGCUGCGGGCCGAAACCGGGUCAGGCUGUCGGUGGCGUCUUUGGGGCCCACGGGAGGAGUCUUAGAACGAGAUGCUAUGUAGUCGAGCUCCCCCGGUAUCACUGUAACACACAGAGAGAGAGUAUUUGUACAUAAUCCUUUGUGGGCCUUCUUUUUGUAUGAAAUGACUUUAUAGAAAUAUAAUAUAUUGAGAGAAUCUAAGUAAUGUUUAUAAAAACGCAUACUGCACCUACACGACAAAUGCGCGCAAGUCCUUCCAUUCCCUUUUUCAUUAUCCCCACCCCACCCACCUUCACACCACCACCAUCCACUCCUCUACCUCAACCAUCCAAUCGCCUGUGACCCUUGCUCCGAUUCUUGGCUCCCUUGCUGAUAACCUGUGUGAUGACCUGACUUGUUUCUGAUACCAGGAAUUAUCCAGAAAACCUAUUAAGCCCCUCCUCCUGCUCCCUGCUCCGUCCGCCUUCCCUCGACCACCCUCCUGCCCUGCCGCCCGCCCCGACCGCCCCCCCACCCCUGAGCAUGCCGGUAGAGAUGGACAUUUGUUGACGGAGGAUGGUUUGUAGAGGUGCGCUGAAGAGAGAGGGGGGCGGGGGGUUCACCAUGGAAACAGACCCCUUCAUCCAGACCUUCAUCUGCCUCCACGUCCCUGCUCCACCUCUGGCAGUAGAAGUAGAUGAAAAUCCCUUUGUGCGUUCCCCCAUCUUAGGAACACACAAACACACACAUAUGUGCACAACUAAUCCUCAGAAAUCCCAAUGAAAGAAAAAAACGCACACUCCCCCCCCCCCCCCGCCCGCCCGCCCGCCCCUUUCCUGUCGAGGAGCAUUCGUCAUACGGAGAUGAGUAUUUUACAAAAAGACACUACACACAAAAAACAUGUGCAUGCUUACAUGCACAGGUCUAGUUUGCACAGAAAACUCUGGGAUGUAUUAACAAGAACACAGACAACAACAGAAAGAAGACACAAAGUGACUGAUGAGGAGGAGAGAAGGGGGGAUGUAGAAAGCCAAAAGGCCGACGCGGACACUUGCUGGAUUGUAUUUGUUUGCUUUUUAAUGUAACUUCUUUGUUAAAACUGGGUUUGAAAUACUAAGUGACUAUGAGACGUAAUACUCUUGCUGCAAAUGGACUGGAAUUGUGAUUUCAGAGAGGAGCAGAACGCUGCAGGGGGAUCGGGGGGGUACGAUGACACGGGGUGGAGGGGAGGGACGAGGGCGGGUAUUUACUUAAAAUGAAUGAUCUAUUCUGUUGUACAGACUGAUAUCAUUUCUUCUGUAUAAAAAUGAAAUAUCUAGUUGUGACACUACGUUUAGAUACCAUGGGCUCAGGUUGCCAAACCUGCGCCUGCUACAUGCUGUUCUUUUAAAUUAUUCCGUGUGUUUUUGUUACACGAUCAUCCAAGUCUUUGUCGGAUUGAACUAAUUAUGAUCAACGCAUUCCUGUUUGUGUUAUUUGCAGCACUUUGUCUUUGGUUUUCCAUUCAUACCUCUCUUCUCUUAGCCUCACUUACCAGCAGUAGAAGUAGACGAACAAAAAAAAAAAUGAUGUGACAAAUGCAAUUGUGGAUAUUUUUGUAUUUCUGUCCUUAUUUAUUCAACGUUUGUUCAUCUUACUGUUUGAUUUCCUAAUUUAUUAUAACUUGGCUAUUUAUAUGAACAAAGCUGUUAGGUCAGUUGAAUGUUAUUUAUUACCCUCUUGUGUGUUCGUAAAUGGGGCAACAUUUGAAGAAAAAAGAAAAUUAACUUUUUUUUUCUUCUUUAGUUUUGGUCUACAUUUAAGAGAUUGUGUGAACAAUCGAGUGACAAAUUCUCUUUUCCCUGACCUCUCUGUGGAGGGAAAGAGAACUUGUGGGAACUCUUGAAAAAGAAAAAAAAAAGCAUUUACCAGUAAUUUAAGAAUGUAGACGUAGCCUCUUUUUGGAGAGGGGAAAAUGCUCUUCUAUUGAUAUUUGUCAGUUUCAUAUUAUUGUGCGUGUAGGCCGGGCCUGAGGAGAAGGACUCUACAGAUCCCAAUCUACUUCUUCUCUUUGUAAAUAUACAGACAGACCGCGGGGGGGUUGAUCGUCUUCUCAACCAUGCUGGGGAUUCCUGCUCAAUGCUUUUAGUCUGUAUUGCUGUGUGCAUGUCGAACAUGAGCUUUUCUUUGCAUGGCUUUAGUAUUCAUGUUCCAUGCCAAACUCACUCCUCUCAGCCUUCAUCGAUUUUCUCUCUCCACAAAAUUGACCUUUUUAAGGUUUUAAAUUUCCUCUUUGCCCCACUUUUUACCCUCAGCUUUUAUUUCUGGCCUUUUUUUUAUUGUCCCUGCUAAUCUUCCCCUACCUCCCCCUCUUAUUUUGUGCACAAAGCUUUGAACGAUGCUUCCGUUACUCUGUACCUCUUUGGAAGGCUUGGAUGUCUGCUCUCUCCACCCGGCGGUAGAAGAGGGACAGUGAGGGGAUAUCGGCGCACAAACAAAAAGCAAUACCCUAUCGUUCACUUUCCGUUGAUUUUAUUUUUUUUAAAUGGGAAGCUAGCAGUACCAAGGACAUCUGAUGAUUCUAAAGGACCAAAGCGGUCUUUUUUUUUUUGCCAGAGCAGGAAACAAACUGACUGAUGUAAUCCCCAUAUGAAAUAACUGUGAGCAUCUUCAGUGCUGAAACAAAUAAACUCAUUAAGUUAUG